AUGAAUGAAAUGUAUUAUCAUAUUUAUCCAAUUCAAAAAGAAAAUCAAAAUGAAUAUUCAAUAGCUAAUAUUAAAUUACCACAAGCAGAUGAUAAAAUUUAUCAAUCAGCAUCAAAUCGAGAACGUGAUCAUGAAGUAGCAGCAGCUCUUGGAUAUUGUUCUCAUUUUAUUCUUAUUAUUUCACAAUUUAUUCAAUUACCAUUGAGAUUUCCUAUUGAUUAUCAUGGAGUAUCAGCAAUUAAAAUAUAUGAUUAUAGUUUAGAAACAAACGAAUAUCCUCUUUAUCCAACAUCCAAUCUCAGUGCUUUUCGAUAUGGUUUCUAUCUCCUCAAUCGAAAUAUUGGUCAAAUUAUGUAUCACUGUCGAAUAGGUGAUCAUAAAACAGAUUUUCGAAAUACAUUGGAAAAUUUGAAACAAUUAAUCGAACAAUAUUUUAUUAAUUCAUCUAAUAAUAAUAUUCAGAUUCAACUUUAUCCAUCACUUCAAACAUCAAUAGAUGAAGAAUAUAUUGAAAAUAAACGGAAUUCCAGUGCUUCAAUUAAAAACUUCUCAUCUUUUUCAUCUACAUCAUCUCUUAUUGAGAAUGAUAGUUUCAAUCAAAAUGAUGAUAUGAAUUUAUUUCCACAAUUAAAUACCAUAAAACCUCGAUUAGCAAUGCAGAUUUCACAUCAAUUACAAUAUUAA